AUGCCUCCUCACCUCCAUCCGCGGUCGCGCAUGACGACUUCGCUCUUUACUACCACUCUCAUGGUCUCAUUCCUGGUUGUUGCCGCACCACAUCUCAUACCGUGUCCAGUGGACCCGCGCACGCUUGCCGACUCCGCAGACCCCACGGGAGAAAGGAGGAGACGGAGGCGGAAGUUACCAGAAGAUGAGACAUGCAACGACAUCAUGAGAGAGGAGCGACGGCGGAGGAUGUUACUUGAGGAGAAACUUGCGGCCAGGAGAGAGUGUCCGGUGCCGAAGCCUGGUGGGCUGAUCGGACAAGUACUAGGCGUACAGAAGGAGGGCGACGAGGAAGAGCCAAGGCUGUCCAUUAUGCAAAGAGUCGAGAAGACCAUAUGUCAGCCUUGGGGAAAGGACGACAAUCAAUAA